AGUUUUUAAAAUAAGAAAAUCAAUUUUAAUUUUAAUUUAUAGUUGUAAACAUUUAUACUUAACUUAUCAAUUACUACCUGUCCUAUUGUUUGACUACCAGUUAUACAUAACAUUCAAUUAGGCAUUGCAAGAUGAGCCACGAGAUUACAGAACUAUUCAUGAUGUUAGAUUCAAUGGGGAAAGCAUUGAACAAUAAAUUAAAAAGAAAAAUCGUUCUUAUUGACAUUGAUAGUUCAGAUGAUGAAUUUGAUUAUGUCAAAAAACGAAACAGUAACUAACCACACCUCUUAUCUAAAUUGACUUUUUUAACUAGUGUAUAAUGUAUAUCUUAAAUCUUAAUCCGUCGUCAUGACUAAUUAAUUUAAUCAUGAUGUCGAUUACGUACAUGGGCGCCCAUAUAAUUUUUUUAGUGAUGGCCCGGGGAGGGGGGGGGGCAAACUUUGUAUAGAUUUAAUUUUUCACAAGAUCACGUCUGUUUACCUCACCGACAGAUUUCUUAGUCCGCGGUUCACCUAAGUCCUUGCAGGCUGAGUUGCAACUUGCAAGGCGAUCGCCGACCGGAUUAAAUAUUGUUCGGUGGUCGUGCACUGUACAAUAUGUCAUUGUCAGCAAGUUGCUGUAGUAAUUAUCUAGAUCAUGUGAUUGCUGCGAAUCCCGAAAAAAAAAAUCCCCAGAUUACAAUAUUACUCACAACCAAAUAUUUUUUAAACGUUAAUUGGUAUCUAUAAUUACCGUUUACCACAUUAUUAAUAUUUAAUUACAAAUACGUAAAUUAUAUUAUAUUAUACUAUAUUAUAUCAUUCAAAAAAAUUAUAUAUAGUAAUAAUAGAAUAUUAUAUCUAUUAUCUGGUGAGUAUAUAUUAACAUAUAAAAAAAAAUUAAAACAUCGUUGUUGACAAAAUAAAUAAGUCGAUCACUCGAAAUAUUUUUAUAUGCUGUUUUUACUGUAAGUAGGUGCCUGGUGCCUACAUUCAAUAAAUUAUUAUUGUUUGAUAAUUAUUAAUUUUAUUACCUAGCUAUAUUUUGUAUACUAUGUUUUUAACUGAAUUAUUUGACGUAUCGAUCAUUCAAAAUAUUUUUAUAUGCUAUAUUUGUGAUGGUGAGACGUGAGUAGAUAGGUACAUUAUCCAUUCAUUAUAAUUUCAAUUUUAAACUACAAUAUUAUAAUUUGCAAAUUUUUGUAGUUAAGUUGAAUUACACAUAAUAUAUUAUCGUAAUUUAAAACGAAAUAUUAUUUAUAUUAUCAUUAAUAUUCUAUUAUUACUAUAUAUAAUUUUUUUUGAAUGAUAUAAUAUAGUAUAAAGUAUAAUAUAAUAUAAUACACGUAUUUGUAAUUAAAUAUUAAUAAUGUGGUAAUUAUAGAUACUAAUAUUAUUAACGUUUAAAAAAUAUUUGUUCAACCAUUUGCAUGGGUUGCAAGUAAUAUUUUAGUCUGGGGAUUUUUAUUCCGAUUACCGGUUGAUGCGAAUCCCGGAAAAAAAUAACAAUUUAAAAAUAUUAAAAUUAUAAAAUGUUCAAACCACAAAUUUUGAAAAAAAAAAAUUCCAAAAAAUUGCUUGGGAGCUAAACUGCAUUUAUGCUAUAUGUGAAAUUAUAUUCUUUAAUUGUGUAUGUGAAUUAUUGUUACUGCUUUUUUACAGGCUUGCAGUAUUACCGGUGGUAAAUUAUAAUUAUUUUUUUAUUAAUAUUCUGUGUCACAUAUAGUGACCUUAAUUUACUUUAAUCACUGACUUCUAUAAUUCUAUAUACAUCUGUGACUUUAAAUCUUAAUAGACAAUAGACUAUAGACAUUAGACAUUGUGGUAGGUUCCACGGUGAACGUGUGUAACACACUGCAGAUCGUGUUGUUCCUCAUUUCUGCGCAUGUGCGUUGACCAUACCAGAUAGUGCAUACUGCAUAGUUAACAGCAUAAAUACGCAAUUAUCACACUAACAUGUCGAUUCAUGAAUGUUUCUUACAAGUUUCAAACGAAUUUAAUGAAUUAUGAAUAAUCUUGUCUGGUAUUUGAUUUCAACAUUACCGUUGUAUUGACUUAUUAUAAUAAUUAAUAAUACAUCACAUUAACACAAUUUGCAUCACCAGAAAACUCGUCACUCACAACACCGACACCGUCCACCCAAACGGCCAAACCCGUCGACCAUAAUGAUAUGUUCCGUCACCACGACCACCAAAACAAUACCAUACAACCGGACUCUGGUUAACCCUGCGUAACCAGAGUGGUUAACAACUACGUCACAAUCAUGGCGAUGGCGGUACAGAUAUUGGUCUGAGGUCUGACGUCGGUAACGAAACACAACAACUGUCGUCCUACUAUCCGCGUCGUAGCGGUCAGUAAUUCAAUAACAUUUCUGAAGUUACUAACGCGUUUAGGCGGUAUAUUUUAAAAAUUCGGCGUCAGUUCCGGGGGUCGUUGGCAGGUUGUACUUCCGAACUUUAACACGACAACGGUUAUAGAAAAACUUUUUCAUGGAGAGCGUUGCGUGCCCGCUUUGCUGCGAGGAUAGGUUUUCCAACCAAGACUUAUUGAAAUAUCAUUUGUUAAGUUUGACCACAAAUAUUCAGUGUCCCUUUUGUGGAAAACAGUGCGAUGACAUCAACUCAUUAGUCGUUCAUUUGGAUAAGAUUUGCAACGAUAAGAAAGAAGAAGUUGAUAAAUCCAUGCACGAAAACAAUGAAAUGAUCGUCGUAUAUCCAGAUGAUGAUGAACCGGAACCGGAACCACAUAAUGAAAUUGGAGAAUUCGAUAAUCUUGUGGGAGAAGAGGAUUAUCAGAACGAUGAUCGGCAAACUGAUACUGAUGUAGAAACUGGAGUUAAGAAAUUUAUUGAAGAAUUUACUAUUGAUGAUCCUACUAAAACAUUGCGACCACCAGAAACAACAGAAACAGAAAUUCUCGAAGAACCAAAUCCUUAUCACUGUUCUGAAUGUAAUAUACAUUUUCCAUCAGUUCAGGAACAUAUAAAUAAUUGUCACAAAGGUCAAGAUGUUGUGUUCCAGGUAAUUGAAGAUGACCUGAGUAAUGCAUUAAAGGACAGUCCUGGUACCAUUAGCGAACAGAUUCCUCAGUUGGGAACUUGGAUCAAAUGGGGCAAUGGCUACUUUUAUACAAACCAUAAAGAUGUGGCAAUGAAACAAUUGGUUGAUAUUAGGUCAGAAAAAACAACAACUUUAAAAACUAUUCCAGAAGAUUUAGUUAAAACAAAAGAUGAAAAUAUACAAAUUAAAAGCAACGUGCAUCAAAAUUAUACCAGCAAAUUGUCUGCCAAUAUUUAUUCAAAUCAUUGCAUCACUGAUUCAUAUGGCGAUCGGUAUUUUGAUAUUCCUGUUUAUUUACUUCAUCAAGUUACUGAUAAGGUUAAUGAUUAUUUCCAAGUCGAAGCUCGUAAAUUGAGUUUCAAGAAACGAAUCCGUCUUAUACGAUUAAAGUCUAAUACAGAUCAAUUUCAUAUUGAGCAAAUAUUAUUUCAAAAUAAACCAACUAAUUGCAAAAUUAUUCCAAUAUUAGAAAUAGCAUCUGAAUGUAGUGAAUACUCUCAACUAGAAAAAUUGGAGAAUUGUUUAUUGUUAACUUGGAAGUGUUUAGCAUGUAAUGUAAAAUCUGACCAUUGGUCUAAGUUAAACAAACAUAACUGCAUAGAAGAUGAUGCAAUGGCACCCAAAUCUAAAAAAAAUGUUGAUAACAAAAAUCCAGCUAUCCGAAACAAUAGUCGUACAAUUCCUAAUGUUCGAUCAAAGCAUACUUGUCCUCAUUGUGGCGGAGAAUUUGAUUCAGAGGGUUAUUUAAGAACACAUCUUAUGGUACACAUAAAUGAUUCAAAUAAAUGUCCGUUUUGUGAUCAACCAGUAGCACCUGAAAUGAUGGACACACAUUUAAUUGCUCAUCAAAAUCCAGAAUUUUCUAACUUAAAGUUUCUAUGCAAUAUAUGCAAUAAAUGUUACGAUUCAGAAUUUCGUCUCCGGUGUCAUCAAAGAGCACACGAAAUGCGCCGCAAACCUCGUGAAAUAUUGGUCUGUGAUGUUUGCAAUGCUCAAUUUAAUGAUAAAAAUUCUUUGAAACAUCAUGCCAUCACACAUAUUGAACCCCCUGAACGUUUACGUCGGUUACAUGAAUGUCGUUUUUGUGGAAAAACUUUUGUUAAACCUAUUGAGAAAGUAAACCAUGAAAGAGUGCACACAGGCGAGAAACCUUUUGCCUGUCCAGUAUGUGGUCGUUGUUUCAGACUCAAAGAUCUCGUACAAAAACAUAUGCGUGUACACACCAAAGAACGCCCUUAUAAAUGUCGCCAUGAAGGUUGUGAAAAAACAUUCAGUGCAUCAAGCAGUAGAGUCAAUCACGAACAAGGCCAUUCUGGUAUUAAGCAAUUUAAAUGUUUUUAUUGUCCUAGAUAUUUUAAGAAUUGGGUAUCGAGAAGUAAUCAUGUUCAAGAGCAUAUGGUUCAGCACAAAUGUGACAUUUGUGAUCGCUCAUUUGUGUCAUUUUGUAAUUAUAAGAAACAUUUGAAAAUGCACGCAGAUGGACGGCUCAAAUUCAGUUGUAUACUAUGCCGUCAAGCAUUUGGAAGACAACUAUUUUUAGAUACCCAUAUGAGUAGAGAACAUGAAAUCAAAUCAAAUAAAGAAGACAACAUAACUGAAUAGUUUUUAAUUUUAUAUCAAAAAUAUAAAAUUUUAGUGUUAACAAUUAAACAUUACAAUUUGUUCA